AUGAACAGUCCCUCUCAAUUGAUUCAAAAUGUUUGUCUCACCCAGGAGAUGGAACUCACGAAGGGCUUCUCUGGCCAACGGACAUUCAUAUCUGCAGCCCUCAGCCUGCUAUCACUCAGCCUCUCCACAACAUCCCUGCUCAGCAGCUCCUGGUUUGUGGGCACACAGAAGGUGCCUAAGCCCCUGUGCGGAAAAAGUCUGGCAGCCAAAUGCUUUGACAUGCCAAUGUCCCUGGAGGGCAGCUUCUCCAACGCAUCAACCCCGGAGGUGGUUCAAUACAGCUGGGAGACUGGGGAUGACCGGUUCUCCUUCCUUACCUUCCGGAGUGGCAUGUGGCUAUCCUGUGAGGAAACCAUGGAAGAACCAGGGGAGAGGUGCCGAAGUUUCAUUGAACUCACACCACCAGCCGAGAGAGAGAUCCUCUGGUUAUCACUGGGAGCCCAAAUCACGUACAUUGGCCUUGAGUUCAUCAGCUUCCUCCUGCUCCUGAUGGACUUACUGCUCACAGGGAACCCUGGCUGUGGGCUUAAGCUGAGCGCCUUUGCAGCCAUUGCCUCUGUUUUGUCAGGCCUUCUGGGGAUGGUGGCCCAUAUGAUGUAUUCCCAAGUCUUCCAGGCAACUGCCAACGUGGGUCCAGAAGACUGGAGACCACAUUCUUGGAAUUAUGGCUGGGCCUUCUACACGGCCUGGGUUUCCUUCACCUGCUGCAUGGCAUCUGCUGUCACCACUUUCAACACAUACACCAGGAUGGUCCUGGAGUUCAAAUGCAGACAUAGUAAGACCUUCAAAGAAAACCCAGGUUGCCUACUCCAUCACCACCGGUGCUUCCCUCAGCAGCAGUCAUGUACAACCCACCCCAGAGGUCCUCCCACAAGCUACCACCAAUACCACAACCAGCCCAUCCACUCCAUCUCUGAAAGUGCUGACUUCUACUCAGCACUACAAGACCAGAGAUUUCAACAAGGGACCAGCCAGGAGCUGAAAGAAGUGGUUGGGUCAUCCAUAGAAGAGCAGUGCUAGUAGUUAAGUGGGUUUGGAGAGCAGGCUGAGCCCUACCUUACACGUAUUUGUUCAUUAUAAACAGCAGCU